AUUUUGUUGCAGAACAGAGAGCUGAGACCAGAGGAACUGGAUGAGCUACGAGAAGCCUUCAAAGAGUUUGAUAAAGAUAAAGAUGGAUUCAUUGGCUGCAAAGACCUGGGCAACUGCAUGAGAACCAUGGGAUACAUGCCCACUGAGAUGGAGCUCAUCGAACUGAGUCAGCAGAUCAACAUGAACUUGGGGGGACACGUAGACUUCGAGGAUUUUGUGGAGUUGAUGGGCCCCAAACUUCUGGCUGAGACUGCAGAUAUGAUUGGAGUAAAGGAACUGAGAGACGCUUUCAAAGAGUUCGACACCAACGGAGACGGUCAGAUCAGCACAGCAGAACUAAGAGAGGCCAUGAAGAAACUGCUGGGCCAGCAGGUGGGUCACAGAGAUCUGGAGGACAUUCUGCGGGACAUCGAUUUAAACGGAGACGGGCACGUGGACUUUGAAGGUGAGCCACCUUGUGUUUGCUAUGCUAAUUAGUAAUGCUAAUUUCACUGCCGCAGUGUCUUUAUUGCUGCGCUAGGUGUAGAGAAUCGGUUUAUGCGGCAAAAUGAUCGUACAGUGAUCUGUCUGCAAUAAUCCAAAAAAUACUGCAUUCGCGUUCCCUUCCAAGUCUCUUGUCCAUGUUUUGGAAUGCGCAGUAAAAUUUAAUUAUGGAAGGCAAUAAUUUCAAGGUUUAAUCCCAAAUUUAAUUAGUUUUUUGUUCUCAUUUUGAUCUCAAAGUUAUUAAAGUAGCACUCAACCUUCUGCAAAGUACAUUCCUCGAGAGAGAAAACGGAUUUUCCUAGCUUUUUCGGAGGGAAAAAUACACAAACGUACUCUAAUGUUCACAGCACAAGCUCUUCACAGUCUAACCAGAACAUUUAUUGAAACUAACUGCAAAAAGGGUUCUAAAAUGACCUUUUAUGGACUAACAUAAGUGGAUUUAAGAAAAAAAUUGCACCGCAAAAUACGGAAUAUGAAAAAAGAACUGAGACAAAUGAUCCCUAUUUUUGGGUCCAUUAUUAUUUAUUUUGCUCCCCCUUGCUGUUAGCCGCUGUGUCACAGUUUAGCUGCUAUUGAAGCUCAUCCUCGUGAAGGCGGCAAAGUGACAGUAGUAGAGCUGUCAACCAGAUUAUCUCUUAACCACGGGAUUAUUUCACCUCUCAGAUUAACCACGCUCAAAAAGAGCAUGAAAACGGCAAGGACAAAAAUAGCUAGCACUGUUAUUCUUGCUGAUGACUGGAGGUGUGACAGUUGAACGUCCUCUUGUUGUAUUUGGAGCUCGGGCUAACUUUGACUCAUCCGAGGUCAAUAGUACAUUUGUUUUCUCUUGGUUUUUUUUUUCCUUUCGUUAUUUAUAAAGCAAGAAUUUUUAGAGCUGCGGUUCCCAAAUGAUGGGCUGCAACCCAAAACUGGGUCACAGACAGCAGAGAAAAACAAUGGCAAACGCAAAAAUAAUACCGCACUAAUAAUAUAAUUAUGCAGAGUUUGGAUAGCAAAUUAUAUGCUCUAAAAGGGAGAAAAAUGGGUUGUUGU